GCCGGGAGGGGGGAGCGGCACCUUCGCGCUACUGCUGGCCAUGGAUUGGGGCAGCCGCCCGAGUUGCAGUCGCCCUCGUCGCCGCCUCGCUCUUUGAAGCCCGGACGAGCUCCCGUCGCCUCGACACUCCCCCCACCUUCGCUCGCUUGCCAUGGGCACGGCUCAACAGCCCAGGGCGCCCCGCGGGAGCGGGUAGGCAGGAGGCGAGCGCCGGAAGAAGUCUGCAGGCGCGCCCUGGAGGCAUCGAGCCCCGCACUGGCGGCUGCCGCGCCACCUGGGCUAGUCUGAGGCGAAGAGCCGAGCCGGGUGAAGCUGCCAGUCCCGGAGCCCGUCCCGUCUCUUGCGCCUCCGUCGCGAUCGCGGAUGGACCUUGCGAGGGAGGCUGCUCUGCUCCGUCGCGGAAGCGGCUGGCCGGGCCGAAAGAACCCUUUCCCUCGUUUGCCCGUUGCUGAUUUGGAGGAUAAGGCUAGGAUUUGGGCUUCGGACUCCCUCGCUCCUUGGAUUACUUGGCUGCAACGCUAGACUCUGCUCCUCUCACCACCCCCAGCUUCGGCUCUUUCUCUCCUUGCCCGCCCCGACAACAAUGGAGAAGAAGUCCAUGGGAAUCUUAGUCCAAGGUGGAGCUCUGUGGAGCGAGGCCAUGACUUCCAAGUGCCUCUUCUUGAGUCUGGCCAUCUUCUCUUCGCUUAUCCAAGUUGUGAUAGAAGCCAGCUCUUGGUGGUCUCUGGGUAUGAACCACAUGAAUCCGAUGAACCCUGUUCAGAUGCCAGAGGUGUACAUAAUUGGAGCCCAGCCACUUUGCAGCCAACUGGCAGGGCUCUCUCAAGGACAAAAGAAACUGUGCCACUUGUACCAGGACCACAUGCAAUACAUUGGAGAGGGCGCAAAGACGGGGAUUAAGGAAUGCCAGUAUCAGUUCCGCCACCGAAGAUGGAAUUGUAGCACUGUGGAUAAUAACUCUGUGUUUGGCAGAGUCAUGCAGAUAGGCAGCCGGGAGACGGCCUUCACGUAUGCCGUCAGUGCUGCAGGAGUGGUCAAUGCCAUGAGCCGGGCCUGCCGGGAGGGGGAUCUCUCUUCCUGUGGCUGCAGCAGAGCGGCCAGGCCCAAAGAUUUGCCCCGGGACUGGCUAUGGGGUGGCUGCGGAGACAACAUCGACUAUGGCUACCGCUUUGCAAAGGAGUUUGUGGAUGCCCGUGAACGAGAGAGAAUCUAUCAGAAAGGAUCUUAUGAAAGCGCGAGGAUCUUGAUGAACCUGCAUAACAAUGAGGCAGGGAGAAGAACAGUGUACAGCUUGGCAGAUGUGUCCUGCAAAUGCCACGGUGUGUCUGGAUCAUGCAGCUUGAAGACCUGCUGGCUGCAGCUGGCCGACUUCCGCAAGGUUGGUGAUGCACUGAAGGAGAAAUAUGACAGUGCAGCAGCUAUGAAGCUCAACCCUCGGGGCAAGCUGGUGCAAGUGAACAGCCGCUUUAAUACACCAACCAUCCAUGACCUGGUGUACAUUGACCCCAGCCCUGAUUACUGUGUGCGCAAUGAGAGCACUGGCUCCUUAGGUACCCAGGGGCGGCUCUGCAACAAGACUUCAGAGGGCAUGGAUGGCUGCGAACUCAUGUGCUGUGGCCGGGGCUACGACCAGUUCAAGACGGUACAGACAGAGCGCUGCCACUGCAAGUUCCAUUGGUGCUGCUACGUGAAAUGCAAGAAGUGCACACAGAUUGUGGACCAAUUUGUCUGCAAAUAGAUGGGAAUGGGUGGGAAGAGCUGUUCCGGUCUACCAGCAGAGGGCGGGGGUUGCCCCAAGAGAGUCUCCACUCUUAUUUAUAGAGUCCAGCGGGUGCUUUCCUUGUUUAUAGAUUUUAAAAAAUCUUUUGCAAUGAAAAGUGAUGGGAAACCUUGCUGAAUCCACCUCAGACUGUGCAUAGUUUUUUUCCCCAAUAAUGUGGAAGAACCCGAGAGAAUAUUUAUUUUAUACAGUUGGAAUUAAGACUUAACAGGAAAAAAAAGAUAGAGUAGUUCAAAGGGAAAUUCAACCUAUCCCCAUAUAGUCUCGUGGGACAUAGUACAUGUGCAGUAGAUGAGGUAUCCGUGUUACAUGCUUUGGAUCAGAGCAUGGCCUGUAUGGACUUGGUGGCAUACAUAUCUAUACAAGAGAUUUCUUCUAAGCUUUAGUGACCAAAAAAGAAUCAAAACAGUCAGAUGCAAUGUUGAUUGGUAUAUCUAUAACCCCUAGCAUGAAUCUUCCUCAAUAUCAGUCGCAUGGCAACUUGAAGGUAUGGAUGGACGUCUAAGUUUCAAAAAGCCACAGUUGUGCGGCUAGGAAACAUGUAAAGGCCUUGAAUUUAACAUGGUGUUUCCCCCUUUACGCUUGGGAUUUCUGUGCAAAUGCAUUGUGGGGAUGUUGGCACUCUGUAGCAGCCGGUGUGGUAGGGCAGAGCCAUGGAGCUUUCCCCCCGACACCAGCCUUUCUACAGCUUACCUGGAUGGUACCAGGCCAGGGUUAGGGAUGGGACAGAAUUUAGAUUCACUCUGCAUUUCAAGUUGAAUCUACUAACUUCACCCUUUCUGAAACAAGAUGAGAACCGAAACAAGCCACCCUUCGAAAGUUGCACUUCUUCAAAUUUGGCAAUGCAGGUCGCCAACCAAACAAUGUUUAUAAAAAUGCAUAUAUUUGGGGAAAGUGUGCAUGAAAAGGAAUAUAUGAGUGAAAAUGACCUGCAAAAAUACAUUAUCUGAUGAGAAACGGCUUGCAAAAAUGUGUAUAUUAGUCAAAAUUGCCUACAAAAAUGUUUUAUUAGAGAAAUUCACACUAAAAUGCUGGAUAAUUUUCAUAAGGAUUUUUUUUUUAAAGAUCACAUGUUGCUGCAGAAAUAUGAACUGCAGUUGAGACUGGAAAAGUGAAAAGUGGAAAGACCUGAAAUUGACAGACCUUUCCAUCCCUAUCCAAGGAGGUGGUGAGUUCGAGGCUGUGCAAAUACUCCUGCACUGUCUAGGUAAACUGUAGUGAUGUCAGUGUUCUGUCCCACUACACUGGCCACUAUUGAUGCCAAUAAAGGUACCGCACACGAAAGAUUUUAGAAUGGGAAGGUGCUGCAGUUCUCGUCAGCACCAUUCCCAUAAUGCACUUUCUCAUGAGUCUCCAGUAGUAAAAAGAAAAAGGGUAUUAUCUGAAUGGGCUAAGAGCAUUUCUUGCUUCAAAUGUCUAGCAUAACCAAGAGAAAGAAAAUCUGACUGACGGCACAGCGUAGAUCAAAGAAAAAUUUGGAACAUUGCCUCUUCAAGCAAAAGAUGCAUGUCUCACAUUUAGAAAGCCUUACUGUCUUAUUUUAUAAGAAUAUCAAAGAGUUAUCUGUGGAAUUUCCUAAUCUGUGUGUGUGCUAUUUUGACUGUGCUGAACUGCAGCUGUGUUGUAUGUGCAGUGAAGUUCUUUUUUUUUUUUUUAAGAAGAAUUAAUUUCAAAACUAAUCCUUUAUUUUUAAAUUGUUGUGGGCAGUUGGGUCCCUUUUUUUAAAAAAAAGAAGUUGACUGAUAGCAUUGUGGAAUUUGGAAAAAUGCUGAGCUGAUGAUACAACAGUAUGAUUGUUUUGUAAGUGGCUAUGAUGGUUCGAAGUGCAGUGUGGCAGCAAUGCCCACUUGAUCAUCUGUGUUUCCUUUUCAUUUUAAUGCACAAUGCUUUAGAAGUAUAUUACAGCUAUGCACAAACUGCUCAGACUGUACUUGAGCAAUUAUAUAUGGGAAAACUAUGGUCUGCUGGUGUCUGGUAUCUCAUACCCUUUUUAAAUACAUGUAUGUUAUCAGUACAACAAAUAACAAACCAAUGAUUUCUUUCUCUCAUUUUUUUUAAAAAACAGUAACACACAACAAUAUAAAAGGCUUUCAAAUUACCAGGAGUUUCUUUGUUUAGACGGAACAUGUUGUUAUCCCCUCCACCACCUUAAAACAAUACACACUAACAAAGGGUUUAUUAUUAUUAUUAUUAUUUUAAGCUGGUUUUUAGCCACUUUUUGCAGGGCUUUAUAACACAUGGGUAUCGAAGGGUAAGUCAAUCGCAAAUUAAGAAAUCCUUUUUUUUUUCUUACAGUGAGUGUAGUAUCUUUCAGCUCAAUUCAGUGAAGACUUCUUCUGAAUACUCUCUACUGCUGGUUGUGGUUUUGGGCUUAUAGGUACAGAUAGCUUAAUACGUGAGUUUACAAUGGUUUAGAACAGCCUCCCCCAGUCUAGUGCCCUCCAGAUGUUUUGGACUGGAACUCCCUUCAGUUGCACUCAGCACAGCCAAUUGUCAGGGACGAUGGCAGCUGAAGUUCAAAAGCAGACAGACUAUCACCAGCAUGUAACUCUGAUGCUGAAAAGCUUGCACUGGGUGCCCCUAAUUCUACUGGGCCAAUUUCAAGGUUCUUGUAUUAAUUUACAAGGCCCUUAACAACUUGGGGCCAGGGUACCUCAGAGACUGGCUGAUUCCUUAUAUCCUGCAAGGUUUCUGGGGAAUUCACUGUUAGCGGUCCUCAGUGGCUCAGAUACAUGGCUGUUGAACUUCUGAAGUUCGCUGAAGGCUUUUUAAAAUUUCAGCAGGCAUUUGAGUUUUUAUGUUGCAGCUAACUGUAUUUGAUUUUAUGAUCCAUACUGUAUCCCUUUUGUACAGCACUUAGAAACUAUUGUAUUAAGUGGCAUAUAAAUCAUUUAACUGAAUAAAUCUGGAGAGCACCAGGUUGGAGAAAGCUGGCUUAGAAUCAUUCUCUUCCUGCAAGGGCAUUAUUGGUAAUAAUGGAAAUAAGAUACAGAAAAACUUCUUACUCAAAUGGCCUAUGUAAAAAUAAAAGAGAAACUCUUUCCUUUGCCACAAAAAUUCAGUGCCUUCUUUUCGUUUCUUGCAAGACCUCCUCCCAAAUUCAUCCUGCCCAAUAAAUAUAACCAGAUUGGAAUGAAUUCCAGGUUUCCACCUUAGCAUUACCAUAUUAGAAGCUUUGAUUUUUCAAAAGUCUCUGAGCUCUCUCAUUAGCGCCAUCAUGAUUAUCAGCUUUCCAGAUGAUGAUUGCUCUUAAUUUAUUGUGCAAGAGUAUAUUUUCUUCCUUGGUUCCUGGUGUUUGCAAACCAAUGUCAACUUAAAAACAAAAACAAAAUAAAGCACUAGUUCACUGAAUAUGUCACUUUUGGUUUUUAUUAUACAAAAACCACAAUCCUUUUUGAAAAUAUGUUGAAUUACUUAUUCUUUAUAGCGACUCCAGUCUGUGAGCAGACAGGAGUCUAAUGAUCCUAGCUAUUAAAAUGCUAUUUAAUGUAAAAUAUUUCACUUGUGUUCUUCAGAUAUUAUGUAAAUCUAUUAUGUCCUCUUCUUUGUUCUGUACAUUUAAUGUACAUAUUUUCAUCUCGUGUGAUUUGUAUAUUUC